GUCCUGUGGUCGCUUCUUCCUUUCGCGCCGGUUGUUGGAGAACAGCGCGUCCAUGUGCGCAUCGACUUGGACUUCAUAGUUAAAGGAAUCUACCAAAACCGAGCCAUAACCGAAUCAGGACAUGGAUGCCAGCAAUUUGAUCGAAGCCCUUCGGGGCACCAUGGACCCGAAUCUGCGGGAGGCCGCCGAGAGACAGCUGAGUGAGGGCCAUAAACAGGUGAACUUUGUCUCCACGCUGCUUCAGCUCACAAUGUCUGAACAACUGGACCUUCCGGUGAGGCAAGCAGGGGUAAUUUACUUGAAGAACAUGGUUACCCAGUACUGGCAUGAGGGUGAAGGGACAGGUGCUGGAGAGGUCCCUGGCUUUACCAUCCCAGACGAGGACCGCCAGUGUAUCCGUGACAACAUUGUGGAGGCCAUCAUGCACUCGCCUGAGCUCAUAAGGGUGCAGCUCACUACCUGUAUUCAUCACAUGAUUAAGCAUGAUUACCCCAACAAAUGGACUGCAAUCGUGGAUAAGAUUGGAUUUUAUCUUCAAUCGGACAACAGCGUUGGUUGGCUUGGAAUUCUUCUGUGCCUCUACCAGCUGGUGAAAAACUAUGAGUACAAAAAGCCAGAUGAACGCAGCCCUUUGAUUGCCGCAAUGCAGCAUUUCCUCCCCAUGCUUAAAGAUCGCUUCAUCCAGCUUCUUCCAGACCCCUCUAAUCAGUCUGUGCUGAUCCAGAAACAGAUCUUCAAGAUUAUCUACGCACUUGUGCAGUACAACCUCCCCAUGGAGCUCAUCAACCAGCAGAACCUGACCGAGUGGAUGGAGAUCCUGAAGACUGUGGUGGACAGAGAUGUGCCUGCGGAAACACUGCAGGUGGAUGAAGAUGACAGACCUGAGCUGCCCUGGUGGAAAUGCAAAAAAUGGGCCCUGCACAUCCUGGCUCGGCUUUUCGAAAGGUACGGAAGCCCAGGCAAUGUUUCCAAGGAUUACACAGAGUUUGCGGAAUUGUUCCUCAAGGGAUAUGCUGUUUCUGCUCAACAGGUUUUAUUGAAGGUCUUGUAUCAGUACAAAGAAAAGCACUACGUAGCUCCCAGGGUACUCCAGCAGACCCUCAACUAUAUCAACCAGGGGGUUGCACAUGCACUUACAUGGAAGAACCUGAAGCUUCAUAUCCAGGGAAUCAUUCAGGACGUGGUUUUCCCACUGAUGUGUUAUACAGACACUGAUGAGGAGCUCUGGCAGGAAGAUCCAUAUGAAUACAUCCGCAUGAAGUUCGAUGUUUUUGAAGACUUCAUCUCACCAACAACUGCUGCGCAGACCCUGCUGUUUACUGCAUGUAGUAAGAGAAAAGAGGUUCUGCAGAAAACCAUGGGCUACUGCUAUCAGAUCUUAACAGAACCCACUGCUGACCCACGCAAAAAGGAUGGUGCUUUGCAUAUGAUCGGAUCUUUAGCUGAAGUUUUAUUAAAGAAAAAGAUCUACAAAGAUCAGAUGGAGUUCAUGCUGCAGAACCACGUGUUCCCCCUGUUCAGUAGUGAGCUGGGAUACAUGAGAGCGAGGGCCUGUUGGGUCCUUCACUAUUUCUGUGAAGUUAAGUUCAAGAUCGACCAGAAUCUGCAGACAGCCCUGGAGCUGACAAGACGCUGCCUGAUCGAUGAUAAAGAAAUGCCUGUGAAAGUCGAGGCUGCUAUAGCACUUCAGGUUCUCAUCAGUAACCAGGAAAAAGCCAAAGAGUACAUCACCCCCUUCAUCAGGCCUGUGAUGCAGGCGCUCCUCCAUAUCGUCCGUGAGACAGAGAACGAUGACCUCACCAAUGUCAUCCAAAAGAUGAUCUGUGAAUACAGCGAGGAGGUCACGCCCAUUGCAGUGGAGAUGACCCAGCACCUGGCGAUGACGUUUAACCAGGUGAUUCAGACGGGUCCCGACGAGGAGGGGGGUGAUGACAAGGCAGUGACAGCCAUGGGCAUCCUGAACACCAUCGACACACUGCUCAGUGUGGUGGAAGACCACAAAGAGAUCACACAACAGCUAGAAGGAAUCUGUCUUCAAGUGAUUGGUACAGUUUUACAGCAGCACGUUUUGGAGUUCUACGAGGAGAUCCUGUCUCUGGCUCACAGUCUGACGUGUCAGCAGGUGUCACCACAGAUGUGGCAGCUUUUACCACUCGUCUUUGAGGUCUUCCAGCAGGACGGCUUUGAUUACUAUACAGAUAUGAUGCCUCUCUUGCAUAACUACAUUACAGUUGGUACAGACACACUUUUGUCUGAUACCAAAUACCUUGAAAUGAUCUACAGUAUGUGCAAAAAGAUCUUGACCGGCGAUGCAGGGGAAGAUGCUGAGUGUCAUGCAGCUAAACUGUUAGAAGUAAUCAUUCUUCAGUGCAAAGGGCGUGGCAUUGACCAGGUGGUUCCCCUCUUCGUGGAAGCAGCUCUGGAGAGGCUGACCAGGGAAGUGAAGACGAGUGAGCUGAGAACCAUGUGCCUGCAGGUAGCCAUCGCUGCUCUGUACUACAACCCUCCUCUGCUGCUCACCACCCUGGAGAACCUGCGCUUUCCCAACAACACCGAACCAAUCACCAACCACUUCAUCACCCAGUGGCUCAAUGACGUCGACUGCUUCCUAGGUCUCCAUGACCGGAAGAUGUGUGUGCUGGGCCUGUGUGCUCUGAUGGACCUGGAGCAGCGGCCGCAGGUGGUGAACCAAGUUGCCGGGCAGCUGCUGCCUGCCACCAUCCUUCUGUUCAACGGGCUGAAGAGAGCCUACGCCUGCCGAGCCGAGCACGAGAACGAUGAGGAUGAUGACGAAGACGGAGAGGAAGACGAUGAAAACGAAGAACUGGGUAGUGAUGAAGAUGACAUUGAUGAGGAAGGUCAGGAGUAUCUGGAGAUGCUGGCAAAGCAGGCGGGCGAGGACGGGGAUGAUGAGGACUGGGAGGAUGACGAUGCAGAGGAGACUGCUCUCGAGGGCUACACCACUUUAGUGGAUGACGAAGAUAACCUUGUGGACGAGUAUCAGAUCUUCAAAGUCAUCAUGCAGAAUCUCCAGACUCGUGACCCAGUGUGGUACCAAGCUCUUACACAAGCUCUAAAUGAAGAACAAGGAAAACAGCUACAAGACAUUGGGAUUUUGGCAGAUCAAAGACAGGCAGCCCAUGAGUCUAAAAUGAUUGAAAAGCAUGGAGGAUAUAAGUUUACCGCUCCAGUUGUGCCAAACAACUUCAAUUUUGGAGGCAGUGCCCCAGGAAUGAAUUGAGUCUUCACCCCAUCAUUUUCUAACAAUGACUGAUUGUAGUGAAAAAGCUUGUGGUGUUCCCUCAAGUAGUGGUUCCAGAACUGGUUCUUCUGACCCACUCUUCAAUUUAAACCAACUUUAUACGCUGUAAUGAAUUGGACACUGGGGAGGGAGGGGGGGCAGAAGAUGUGGGAAAGCAACCAAUGUGACAUGACUGGGAAAAUAAACCGAGAUCAUCUUGAACCUCAAAAUCAAGCUCCAAAACAUUAUAUUAUGGGAGUCCAAAUUCUGGAGGGGUUGUCAUGACGGCAACUUUUUCUUCCACAGGAAACUAAUGGGGGCAAGGAAGUCCUCGACAACCGAACAAUAUUUAAAUGUCCCACAAGUUUCACGGUAUAGGCUAGAAGGUCACGCUUUUAAAUUACACCUGUGGCAGUAGUAUUUUGUCUAGAUUUUGCAUUAACAAAUUCCCAUAUUUGUAAUGUGUUUAUCAAUCAAGAUACUGUAGAAUGUAGCCUUGCAGAAUAAUUUGAGGCAUUUGAAGAAGGGUGUAAGCAAGUGAUAUGGAGCAUAUUGGAUAUACCUGUCAUAGUACUAAGUGAUGCCUGAUACCUGUAAAUUUACUAGCACUUUCAUAUUCAGGGCUCCUAGCCUUCUUUAUCAGAUUACAAAUGUGCUACUUUAAUUAGGGAGGAUAUAAAAACAACAACAAAAAAAGAAAUUAAACCAAGUUCAGCUGGCAGGCAACUAGAAUGAUCUGGCAAUGGCUGGUUGUCACAUAAAUGUGGUUGCCAUAUUGAAAACACGGUGGCAUUUCCUUGCUGCUGAAAAUGGCAACUCCCUCUAGGUAUUUUCAAAGCUCUUGGUGUUCAAUUUGUGUGCAAGACAUUGUGUUCUACGCACUGAAUCAUUUGAAGCAUGUAAAAUUGGACUUGAGGCUCUUGAGUUACAUGAAUCUCUAGUAAUUGGUUGAUGUGUGUAUGGAUGAACCAUCUAUAUAUGCAACAAAAUAUUAAACACAAAUUGAGUUU